AUGCACGCCUCUUCGAUCCGUGCCGCGCUGGCACAUGCUUUCCAGAUCACGGCUCGUCCGUCGCUGCGCAGAGUGAUUCCGACAUCGUUUUCUUUGAGCAGCAAAGAUGCGCCUCAAGGAGCCACGAGCUCAAAGUUGUCCUUCUCAACAAGUUCCGCUCAGUAUGCGAAGAAGAAAGGCGGUGGCAGACCUGAUAGACGAAUCACUUUGAUCCGCUAUUUCCUGCACCACCCCACGACCCUCACACCGCGCCCGCUCCGCUUCUCACGCAACAGAUACCUGCGACACUGGACGAUUGCUCGCGCGUGGAACCUCUAUCGGCACAACCUCAAGAAGUCGCGCGAACUCGAGCUGGAGCGCCAGUACAACGCGAUGCGGGACGCGAAUGAAGAACUCCGCGUCGGCGCCGGCGACGGAGGGCGCCUGUUCCGCAAAGCCCAGAUGAAGACCGGUGUUUGGGGCAUAGGUGGGCCGGGCGCCUCCUCGGGACCCGCGGCCAGAGGGAGGGGAGGCGUCCCCAUCGAGUACGCCCGCGGGUUGGUCGAGUGGGUGGGCAGCACGGGCGGAUUGGGCGCUGGAGUGGAAGAAGGCGCCGGCGAAGGAAGUGGCAGCAAGGCCAAGAUAUGGGAUUACGCGUGGAAAAGACAUUGA